AUGGACUCUGAUGAAGAUGUGGUUUUUAGAAACAAGCGAAGACAAACAAAGAGAGUGCUUGAUGAUGAUGAGGAUGAAGAAAUGGAGAACAUAUCCCCUCAGAUUUAGAAUAAAUCAUAGAGUGUGCCUCAGAAAAUGCCUGAGUUAGAUAAUAAAAAGGGUUAAUAGCGCAAUAAUGAGAAAGAUGUAGUGAUGAAGGAUGAAAGUUCAAAGGCAAAAGAGACUAAAGACAAUAGUGGGAGAUAGUCAAAGGCCAUUAGAUCAGAGAUUACCUCAACUACUCAAAGGGAUAGUACUAAUGGAUAUAAUAAUAUGGAUGAUUUCGAUGGUCUAUCAGUCAAGAGUCUUAACAAUAAAGAUAGUGCUGAUGCGUCUAAAAAUGAACUAAUUGGAAGCAUCCCAACUUAACAUGAUUUCUCUAAAUAGAAUCAAUCUUCAUUAUAAAAUUCGUCAGCAGUGAAAUCCUCUAACUAAUCUAAUGGAAAAUCAACAUAAAAUAAUGGCAAAGAUAUUCCAAGUUUAAAACCAAACUCAUCUUAAUAAAAAUAAACCCCAAUUAAGCAAGAUAACAAUAAAACACCAAUCAAAAAGGAAGAAUCCAAGAUAGUUGAUGAUAAAAAGAAAGUAUUACAGUAAUCUGCUUAAAAACAAUAAUUAUAGCACUAAAAGGACAAAGCUAAAAUGAGUCCUUAGAAGAAGAAAGUAAGAUCCCCCUCUGAAAGUAGCGGCUCAGAUGAUGAUGACUCUAAUAGCGGAUCAGAAUCUGGCAGUUCAUCAGGCUCUGGAAGUGGCAGUAGUUCUGGAUCAGAAUCUGAUUCAGGCUCAAACGAAUCUAGCUCAUAUUCAGACUAUUCAAAUGAGGAACAAAAAUAGAAAAUUGAGAGAAUAAAGCAACUUAAAGCCAUUAAAUAGAAGCUAUAAGACAGACAAAAUAAUAAACAAAGGUAAAUCACUGUUUAAGAGAAGGCUGAACUAUUGAGAAUAUAGGCUGAAAAAAUAUUAAAGGAAAAAAAGAUGAAAGAAAAGUCUAUUAAGUCUAAGUAAAUUAGAAAAGAAGAAAAAGUUAAGAUUACAAAAGAGUAAAAAAAUGGAAAGGAAAUAGUCUCAGUUAAAAAAGUUAUUAAAAAGGUCAAAACGGUAAUGUAAACUUAGGUAACAGAAGAGGAAUUAAAUUUCCUAAAUAAGCAGCACUUGAUAGAAGAGAUCUCUGUAAGAUGGAACUAUGUACUGCCUCCUUGGCCACCUGCAAAUUAUGAUUACGGAUAUGCAUUAAAACAGAAUAAUUUAAGAAGAGUAGAACUGAAAAAUUGGAAAAUGGAACCAGAGGAGAAAGAUGGCCUUAAAAAGGUAUUUGAAUUAGAGACAUUCUCUGGUUACUUCAAAGAUUCAAUGGGAAACUCUUAUGAUUUAAGACCAAGAGAACUUUGCCCCUCUUUAAAUAAUUUUGAAAGAAUGGAUAAAGGUAAACUUUAGAACCUCUUGCUUUAGGCUUACGAGAACUAGCUGAGAGCACUCGAGGCAAUUGUACAACCGCAUGAUCAUAAAUAAGAAUAGCAUCUGAAGGCGAAAUUAAAAAAGAAGAUCACUAGAUUAAGUGGGUAGAUGGGUGUCAAGGCAAAUAUAUGA